AGAAAAGUAGCUGGCUGAGUACUUAUACUCAAAGAAAAUGCUUAUAAUAAAGAAAAAAUGCAAGGGGAAAUAAGUAAGUAUAAAGGUCAUUGGGAGAACAGAACAGAUGCAAUUUAAACAAAUGCUAAGCAAGCAAAAUGUCCACUAAAUGAACGGGUCAUUCAUAUCAUUCGUUUCCCAUUUAUAAUAAAUCUCCUUUUCCCUCAGAAAGGAAAAUCAGAAUCUGAUGCUACCAGCAGAAUAUGUUCAGCCUGAAACCAACAGAUGUCCUGAACUGUCCUGACGAACGGAAAUAUAACCGUCAUUGUGUUGCAGAGCUCUCUUCUGCUCUUCACUGAAAAAAACAGAGCAGCAGCUGCAGCCUCCCCUGGCGCCAGUUGUAGCCAGUUUUUUUUUUCUUUCCUUCUUUCUUUCACCCUUUUUGUCCAAAUGGUAAUGGUUAACGUCUCCCACUAAGCAUUCCCUUCCCCCGUCUAAAUUUCAUCGCCUCCUCCUCCCGAAGACCAAAAAACCCACCUCAUUUUCCCCACCCAAUAUCCACCCAUCUCCUUGCCUUUCUUCAAAACGCCUGCUUUCCAUGACCACUUGACUUAUUCUUCCAUUUCUCUGCUGGGUUCUUCCUUUCUGAUGGUUUCAGUUUUGCAUUGGGAGUGACUGAAAGACGAGAAAGAUGGGAUUCUUCGGCACCGUAUUGGGUAUUGUUGGGUUCGGCAUUGGAUUGGCAAUUGGGCUUGCGGUGGGGUUCUUUCUCUUUGUUUACUCCAAGCCUAAGGUUGUUAAGGACGCGGUGGUUAGGUCACUUGCGGAGUUGGAUUCUGAGGCCUUGCAGAACAUUCUACCCGAGCUUCCUUUAUGGGUGAAAUGUCCUGACUAUGAACGAGUGGACUGGUUGAACAAGUUUCUCUUGGACAUGUGGCCUUACCUUGAUAAGGCCAUUUGUUCUAUAAUUAGAACCACUGCACAACCUAUCUUCAAGGAGUAUAUUGGGAAGUAUGGCAUUGAAGCCAUUGAGUUUGAGCAUUUGACACUUGGAACUCUUCCUCCCACACUUCAUGGUCUCAAAGUGUUCGACACCAAUCAAAAUGAUUUAGUCCUGGAACCAGCAGUUAGGUGGGCUGGCAAUCCCAACAUAACUUUGGUGUUGAAAUUGAAGUCUUUAGCCGUUACUGUUCAGUUGCUUGAUCUGCAAGUGUUUGCAGCACCAAGGAUAUCAUUGAAGCCUCUGGUACCUACAUUCCCAUGUUUUGCAAACAUUGUGGUUUCCUUGAUGGAAAAACCUCAUGUAGACUUUGGGCUGAGGAUUCUUGGAGGGGAUGUCAUGUCCAUACCCGGUCUUUAUAGAUUUGUUCAGGAAACCAUAAAAAAGCAGGUGGCAAGCAUGUACCUUUGGCCCCAGACGCUUGAAAUACCCGUCCUUGAUCCUUCAACAGUGGUUGUGAAGAAGCCAGUAGGGCUGCUGCAUGUGAAGGUCGUGCGGGCGAUGAAACUGAUGAAGGCUGAUAUCAUAGGAACCUCCGAUCCCUAUGUGAAGCUCAGUUUGAGUGGAGAGGAUCUACCUGCAGUUAAAAAGACCUCAAUCAAGAAGCACAAUCUGAAUCCAGUAUGGAAUGAGAACUUCAGGCUUAUUGUUAAGGACCCCGGUUCUCAACUUCUUCAACUUCACGUGUAUGAUUGGGAUAAGGUUGGUGGCCAUGACACAUUGGGGAUGCAAGUUGUACCCUUGAAAACACUCACCCCACAAGAGACAAAGCAACUAACUCUGGACUUGCUCAAGAGCACCGACGCAUCUGAUCCUCGCGACAAGAAGCAACGAGGCAGAAUCAUGGUGGAGCUGACCCUCGUGCCUUUCAAGGAAGACAGUUCCAUCUCAGGUCGCUUGGAUCAAAUAAAUGGCAGCAGGAAAGGAAGUGGGAAAGGAAGCGAGCUUGUGGACAACGAUGACGAUCCAUUCAAUGGAUCAGGUUUGCUUUCAGUGACAGUACAAUCAGCAGAGGAUGUAGAUGGAGAGAGCCAUAACAACCCUUAUGCUACCCUGCUCUUCAGGGGAGAAAGAAAAAGAACCAAGAUGAUCAGGAAAACCCGUGAUCCACGUUGGAACGAGGAGUUCCAGUUCAUGAUCGACCAGCCUCCUCUGCGAGAGAAGAUCCGGAUCGAGGUGUUGAGCAAAAGGACAGGUUUCAGCUUCAGAUCAAGGGAAUCACUUGGAUAUGUGGAAGUGAAUCUGGAUGAUGUUGUGUACAAUGGAAGGAUCAACGAGAAGUACCAUCUGAUCAAUUCUAAGAAUGGGGUGGUUCAUGUUGAGAUACAGUGGGAUAGAGUGUGAUGUGGGAAGUUGGUUAAAUCGAAGGGUGGCUGCACAGAAAUUCUAUACAGGUUUUGUUUGUUUCAUACAUGGAGAUCUCCAGAUUGUCACAGCACAAGAGAAAUAUAGCAAAUGAAAGAAACCAUUCAAUACUUUGUGUAAAAUAUUAGCAAGCUAAUAUAAUUGAUAUGGAGAACGAUGUGAAUCUAAACUUGAGUGAAGAAAAAGACAGUGAAAAUGGUCAGGCUAUAAAUGGCAGGUAUAAAAAACCUAAAAUAGUCGGACCUGCAUAUUUAGGACUUCCUUAGGCUUGUGUGUUGAACUUUAUUGUCGAAUGUAUCCUAUACUAAAAGUUACUGAAGUGCCUAAGGUAAGGAACAUUGAGAAACAUGCAUGUCUUGAUAAACCUGUGAUAUUAAUGGUAACACGAAUCUCACGCGAGAGAGAUUAAUAAUCGAUAAGUAAGAAAUCAACUUUAAUUCACAAGAUACGUUUUGUGGUGAAAUGGAAGAGUUCUUGUGAGAACUUAGAAGUUAAAUGUGUUCACUGUGAAACACUACAAGGAUGAAUGACUUUAUGAGAAGUCACUUUGAUAUGUAUCCCAAAACAAAAAUCAUGAUGAUAUAAAUCAAAAUUGGACAAUAUCUUAUUGAAAAAAAGUUUGGGGUGUCAAAAUUAGUAUUAACCUUUUCUUUCAAUACUCAAUUGCAACUAGGGCUGCAAAUGAGCCGAGUCGAGUCGAGUUUUACCCCAGUUUGAGCUCGUUAAUAAACGAGUCGAGCUCAGCUUGCUUAUUAACGAGCCGAGUCGAGUCGAGCUCGAGCUAGCUUGUUUAUUAAAAUCUUAACUUUUAUUUGGUACUUCAUUUUGUAUAUCAUGAUACAUAUGAUUUAUUUUGUUAGCUAAUCUCAUAUUAUACUUUGUUGGUAUCAUAUAUCAUUUAGUCAAUAAAUUUCGAACCACUCCAAAUCAUGUUAUUUCACAGUUUCGAAGCAAUCUAUAAUGCAUAAUUUCUUUUUAAAGUAAAAAAUAACAUAUAUUUGCUCACAUACUCAACGUGUUAAACUUUAUAUAUGGUGAGAUAUAUAAUUUAACAACCAUAUGAACUAAAAUCAUAAGAUAUAGAUUGAUUCGUCCAUAAGUUGGUAAUCGAGUUGGCUCUCUAGCCACAUGUUAAGACAAAUCAUGAGCUCUAAACUAGCCAGCUCACGAGUUUAGCUCAACAAGCCACCGAGUCGAGCUAGCUCGCGAGCUUCACGAGUUGAACAAAGGUGAGCUCGUGUUCGACUCGUUUAUUAACUCGAACGAGCUUUUCUCGAGUCGAACGCCGAGCCGCUCGCGAGCAGCUCGCCUCAUUUGCAGCCCUAAUUGCAACACCACCUCCUCGGUGGGAAGAACCAUUAAUUAGUCGAUGGAGAUGUUCCCUUUUUUCCCCCCUUUUCCUAGAAUCUACUUGAGCUCUCUUGCUUUCUCGACAUUGAAAGAAAAGGGGGCGUGAUGAGCUUUUCUCGUUGACUUGCUCCCCAUAAAAAAUCUGGCAAAAUGUUUAUAAGGGUAGUAGUAAAAGAGAAUCCAAUCCCAUCCCCCAUACCAACAACUAAUUAAAGUUUAAGGAUUGAUAUGUGAUUUGAUUAUCUGGUAAUGGAUCUUCACGUGUAAUCAUCAUAUAUCACGUACUAAUACGAAUUGUUGAGAGAAAUUUUGUAGUGAAUUAUAUAUCACAUACUAACACAAGGAGCUUCGGAAAGAGAUGGAGGGAACAUGGAAGAUAUUAUUAGAUGGCAAGAAACGAAGUUGGGUAUGGUUUUGGUUCCUUGUUCAUGGUGUUUUGUGGGGGAGAGGAAUAAAUAACACUUUCUGGUAUUUGUCAAUAAGAUGGGGCAUUUUCCCCUUUCAACAAAAGGUUGGCUUUUUGGUAAAGUGAAGUGGGAAUAGGGGAACUCCACUCGAUGCUGUCUUCCAUUUCUUGCUCAUCGUGAUAAUAAGUUGGCACUAUAAAC